ACAUCCAACGACAGCCACGUGUACGAGUGCCUCUCGAGCUCACCCGAGUGUGAUUCGAAUCUUGAGCUGCGGCACGGAAGUGGAGGCGGAUUCCGCGCCGCGUGCAAGAGAAAGUCCGACAGCAGCGCGAUAAUCGGGGACUCGAAGGUUCAUCAUCAACCGUCAUUCGUGAGGUCGAUCUCGUUGCCGUAUUGCGGCAGCGAGACCGAGAGCGAGCUUUACGCGCCGUACACCUUCUACACCGGCGACGAGGGCGCCGAGGAGGAUCAGGAUUGGAAGAGCACGGACGACGAGCCGAGGAUGGGCCGCUUGAGGCAACGCCGGGGGCGCACCGUCGUUCAUCGAAGCCUCGAGGAUAAUUACGGCGCGGUAGUUGUGGCGAAUCACGAGGCGCUCGCCCAAUUCCUCGAGCAG